AUGUCACCUUAUCGGUUGGUGUAUGGAAAACCUUGCCAUCUACCGGUGGAGCUAGAGCAUAAGGCGUGGUGGGCUGUAAAGAAGUGUAACAUGGACAUGGUUGCUGUAGGACAACAAAGAAUGCUUCAAUUGCAUGAGUUAGAAGAAAUACGCAAUGAAGCAUAUGAGAGUUCAAAAAUCUACAAGGAGAAAACCAAAGCUUUUCAUGACAAACAUAUUCUUCGGAAGAGCUUUGUGGAAGGUCAGAAAGUUCUCAUGUAUCAGUCUUGCCUUAAACUCUUUCCUGGGAAGUUGAAGUCUCGCUGGUUAGGUCCGUUCAUUGUUACCAAGGCUUUUCCUCAUGGAGCGGUUGAAGUUGUAAGUCCAAGUACCGGAAAGUCAUUCAAGGUGAAUGGCCAGAGACUGAAGCCCUACUAUGAGUCAAUGGCGGAGGAUGAGCAAGUUCAUGUGAUGUACCUUGAAGACCUAGUUUAUGUCGAUGAAGAUUGA